CAGUUUUUCUGUAUCCUAUUUGUCCUGCUUUGUAUCCUAGAAAAACAAAGAGCAAAUUCUUCAGACCUACUUUUUAUUUUUCAUUUAGAACAUUACUACAAGCCAUUACCACAUUUACAUCACAAAGUACUUACAUUCGUAGAUUGGCGGAAGAUGCUUUUAAAUUUCAGCUAAUUGAAAACCACUCUGAGUGAUUACAAUCAAGUGAACCUAAAGGUGCCAAUGAUGAGUAGGGAGGGGUUGAGCCAUUACAGGGUAACAUUUUUCAGAAGAGAGAAAUUAUGUCUGUGGAUGAGGUAUAUAUAUGAAAGGACAGGACACAAUACAAUUAGCAAAGGGGAAAGGAAUAAGAUGUGAAUCGGGUAAAGAAAAGUGAGCAGGUAAAGAAGAGAAAACACAAAUUAAGGCCUGGAAAAAAAAGUAUUUUUUUAAUGGAUUUUAAAGAACAGAAUAUAUUUAUAACAGUCAUGGUAAUGAAGGGUUAUUAAGGUUUUCAGGAGAGAGUAAAGAGAUCAAUUCUGAAAUAACAGACCUAGGAUACAGAAGAACAACAACAAAAUUACAUCAAUCACUCAAGCAUAUACCGAAAUUUAUUGAAUCUUUGCUGGUGACAUCUGUAGGACCACAAGUGAGAAUGGCCUGGAUGUACCCCACUCUAUUCACUAUAUGUCUUUUCAUAGCCUGCAGGGGCCAAGAAACCUCCAAAGAGAAGAUAAAAAUGAACAACUCAACUUAUGGAAAGCUUGCUAAUUAUUUGAUGGAUGGAUACAACAAGGCCGUGAGGCCUGUACUAAAUUGGAAGCAAAAAACCACUGUGGAGUUAGAUGUCACUUUGUAUGCCCUCUUGAAUGUGGAUGAAAAAAAUCAGUUGAUCUCCUGUUACCUCUGGUUUAAUCAGAGCUGGAUGGAUGAAUUUCUCUCAUGGGAUCCUAUGCAAUUUGACAAUGUGACUAAAAUUUCCAUUCCUGCACACCACGUCUGGCAGCCAGAUACUACAAUUACUGAAUCGUUAAAUGAGGAAAAGCCCCGUGAGAUCAGUUAUGUCACUAUAAACAACAAUGGCAAAGUUUCCCAGUACAAACCAAUGCAUGUAGAUUCUGCUUGCAUCCUCAACAUCCACAGUUUUCCGUUUGAUUACCAGAACUGCUCCCUCUCAUUCGCAAGCUGGGCUUACACAAUUGAGGAUAUUGAUUUUGCCUAUUUGAAGAUUGGAGACGCAUAUUUCCCAGACAACCUUAAGAGUGAGGGGGAGUGGGAUGUUAGGGAUGUUAUUUCCAAACACGUACAGCAACAAGACAAUGGUUUAAACUAUGGAGAAGUCCUCUAUUUUAUUAUUAUCAGAAGGAGGCCUCUGUUCUACAUUGUUAAUCUGAUUUUUCCAAGUAUGUUGCUCAUGAUCAUGGAUAUUGUUGGAUUUUACCUUCCUCCUGAGGGUGGGGAGAGAGUUUCUUUCAAGGUUACUCUACUUCUAGGCUACUCAGUUUUCCUUAUCGUCGUUGCAGAACAAUUGCCAGCAACUGGGAUGCCGGUUAUAGGUGUGUACUUUGUGCUGUGCAUGAUAAUGCUUGUUGUCAGCUUGAUGGAAAGCAUACUGCUAGUUCGAAUAAUCCACAAGGAGAGCCUACACCCAGAGGUUCCUAAGUGGCUGAAGAAAUUUAUCUUGGUAGUAGUGGCUCCCCUGGUUUGCUUGAAAGAAUGGAUACAGUUUACUACACCUGAGGAAGACAGUUCAUCAUCAACUGAACAAACAGGGAAAAGCACCGAGAAACUGACAAUUUACAAUAAUGAAAAUGUAUUGGAUGACACCAGGCAGCUGCAAGUGGGACAGGAUUCAGAAUUGCUUCUUAACAUACUAAAAGAAGUUGGAUCCAUUCGAGAACAUCUGAAAAAAAGCAACCAACAAUAUGUUAUCCAGGAGUGGCUUCAAAUUAGCUACAUUAUUGACAAAUUACUUUUUCGAUUGUAUCUCAUUAUAUUGUUGGUAUCUGGACUUUCUAUUGGAUGUAUAUGGGCACGCUGGCAGGUUAUUUGAAUUUAAUUAGAUCCAUGGAGAAGGUUUUAUGCCUGAAAAAGUUGUAUUAAAAUUAGGACUAUGAAUAGUUUUUCAAAAAGGAGUGCACAUAGCAAAGUUUCUAAAACAUACAGUAGCUUAGACCAGUGGUUCUCAACCCUGUCCUCAAGUACUCCCAACAAGCCAUGUUUUGGGAAUUUCUCUUAGAUAAAAUAGCUGUCCAAAAUACCAAGCCAUUGACUCUGAAUUAAAGCACAUGUACAUGAUUAAAGAAAACCUGCAAACAUGGCCUGUUGGGGGUACUUGAUGACAGGGUUGAUAACCACUGGUUUAGACCAUGGAAGCCAGAGUAGUACAUCUAUCUAUAUAUUUUGAUUUAUGGGUAGGGGUGAGCAUGGUAAUUUUGGCUAAAUUGAUUUCUUUAUAUAAUUACCAAUUUUGUCUAUGCUUUUUUGUUUUACCUUUUUUUUUUCAUUUUUUUUGUAAAAAUAAAGUAAGUAAUUGAGGCUAAAAGGUGUCCAUUUUUUUUUUUUUAUACAAGACCAUUGAUGGGAGCUCAUCUAUCUUUUAGAAACCUUUUAAAGUCCACUGUAGCCUUAUUAAACCACCUUAAUUUUACCUUCCCUAUUUAUUUUAAAGCAUUCCAUCAAAAUUGUGAAAACUUGACAAAAUAUCUUGAUUUUUACAGAUGUUUCAUGAAGGGGAAAUAUCUUGAUUUUGCUCAUGGACACUGUAUUACUUUUUCUAAUUUGAUUAGCUAAAUUAGUGAACCAAAUUGUGUGUAGCAGAGAAUCAACGUUUUUAAUAUUGCGAAUAUAAUAUAUAGGAAGAUAAUUUUUCUGUAAACUUUUGAUUGGUGGGAAAAAAAACUAUCAAGUUCUUCUUUCAGACAUUUGCCUUAACAAGUUCCAAUAAAAAUUCACCUCACUUAAAGUCCAUAUAUAGCUAAAACUUUGCGAUAACGUUUUGGAGAUUUUCUGAGUAUUAGAACCUUUGUAACAUUAUUAAAAACAAAUAUUAAAAUAAAAAUUGUCCCAAAACCAUUAUUAAUUUUAACCAGUGUAUUUA